GCUAGGUUUGGGGCCGGGUUUCUAAGAGACGGCGCUGGCCGGCUGCGCCUGCGCGGUGGGCGCCGCCCUGAGCCAGCUGAAGCGGCGGGUGGUUCCCGCUGGGCCCGGGUCGCCGCCCAGGUUCUCUCUCUUCACCGCGCCCCUGUGAGGCGGGCUGCCGACGGACGUCUUCCCGGAAUGGAGCACAUCCGUAAGACCAAGGUUGAGCAAGUGAAAUUACUUGACCGAUUCAGUACCAGCAACAAAGCAUUAACAGGAACAUUGUAUCUCACGGCCACACAUCUGUUCUUUAUAGACUCUCAUCAGAGAGAAACCUGGAUAUUACACCACCACAUUGCCUCAGUAGAGAAACUGGCCUUGACUACUUCUGGAUGCCCACUUGUGAUUCAGUGCAAAAACUUCAGGAUUGUGCAUUUCAUUGUUCCCAGAGAAAGAGAUUGUCAUGAUAUUUACAAUUCUUUGCUACAACUGUCAAAACAAGCAAAAUAUGAAGAUCUCUACGCGUUCUCUUACAAUCCCAAACAAAAUGACUCAGAACGACUGCGAGGUUGGCAACUCAUUGACCUUGGUGAAGAAUAUAAGAGGAUGGGAGUGGCAAAUUCAAACUGGCAGUUAUCUGAUGCCAAUCGAGAGUACAAGAUUUGUGAAACUUACCCCAGGGAACUUUAUGUUCCCCGAAUAGCAAGCAAACCAAUCAUUGUUGGUAGCUCCAAGUUCCGGAGCAAAGGCAGAUUCCCAGUUCUUUCCUACUAUCAUAAAAAUAAGGAGGCUGCCAUUUGUCGAUGUAGCCAACCUCUGUCAGGAUUCAGUGCCAGGUGCUUGGAAGAUGAACAUUUGCUUGAGUCCAUUAGUAAAGCCAACCCAGUUAAUCACUAUAUGUAUGUCAUGGAUACCAGGCCCAAACAUCACAUGCAGAGCUGGUGGCCUACACAAAAGGACAUUGGCAGAAUUAUAGUGAGGAUUUCUUCAAAGAUCUGGAAUGAUGAGAAAAUAAGAGAAAGCGAUGAGAAAAAGCGACUGAACGCAAUGGCCAACAGAGCAGCUGGGAAAGGUUAUGAAAAUGAAGACAACUAUUCUAAUAUUAGAUUUCAGUUUGUUGGAAUUGAAAAUAUUCAUGUCAUGCGAUCCAGCCUUCAGAAAUUAUUAGAAGUCAAUGGUACCAAAGGGCUUUCUGUCAAUGAUUUCUAUUCUGGCUUGGAGAGCUCAGGAUGGCUUCGCCAUAUCAAAGCCAUCAUGGAUGCUGCGAUCUUCUUAGCCAAAGCAAUAGUGGUUGAAAGUGCAAGUGUGUUGGUGCACUGUUCUGAUGGCUGGGACAGGACUUCCCAGGUUUGCUCCCUUGGGUCUCUCUUACUGGAUUCCUACUACAGGACAGUCAAAGGGUUCAUGGUUUUAAUAGAAAAGGAUUGGAUCUCCUUUGGACAUAAAUUUUCAGACAGGUGUGGCCAUUUGGAUGGUGACCCAAAGGAAGUCUCACCGGUGUUCACCCAGUUCUUGGAAUGUGUGUGGCAGUUGACCGAACAGUUUCCACAAGCCUUUGAAUUCAAUGAAGCAUUUCUUCUUCAGAUCCAUGAACAUAUUCAUUCAUGCCAAUUUGGAAACUUCCUUGGAAAUUGUCAGAAGGAAAGAGAAGAACUCAAGUUAAAGGAGAAGACUUACUCCCUGUGGCCUUUCCUCCUGGGUGACCAGCAGAGAUACGUGAAUCCUCUCUACAGCUCCACAUCUCAGAUAGGUGCAGUUUUGGAGCCAAAUACAGUAUCUUUCAAUUUUAAGUUUUGGAGAAACAUGUACCAUCAAUUUGAUAGAACAUUGCAUCCGAGGCAGUCUGUGUUUAAUGUAAUUACGAAUAUGAAUGAGCAAAAUAAGCAGUUAGAGAAAGAUAUUAAAGACUUAGAAUCUAAAAUUAAGCAACGUAAGAAUAAGCAAACAGAUGGAGUUCUCACCAAGGAAUUGUUACAUCCAGUUCAUCCUGAAUCACCUACCCUCAACACUUCCUUGUGUUUUAAGGAUCAGGCUCUGCUGCCUGUGAAUCAUGCUCUUCGAACUAUAGAGGGCAGCAACCCAGCAGAUAAUCGUUACAGUGAAUAUGCUGAAGAGUUUUCCAAACCAGAACCUGCUGUGGUCAGCUUGGAGUAUGGUGUGGCAAGAAUGACUUGUUAGACUCAGUAUUUUCUGGAUGGACUGUAGUUCAAGAAAUGGAUUAAUGUGGGAAUGCUCUCAGCGUGUGACCAGGGAGAGUUUGUUUAAUAAUUAUCUUAGAAGCUAAUAGUUGAAGAAAGGAUGAUAAUAACUGCUCUUGGGAGAGAAUAAGUCAGUGUAAUUGCAUUUUCAGUGAAGAAUGACAUACAGUUCUUUAAGAAAUGAGUGGUAACAGCAAAUUUACUCAAAACACGAUUUGCACUAUAUACUAGUGAAUUGACAUUUCGGUAUGACUUACAUGUUAAUUACAGCCAAACAUGAAUAGCCUUCCCUAAAUAUAAUUUAAUUGCCAGAAAACACAACUUGACGAAGUGGUCCCUUACUUAAUAAUUGACAGGACAUGUGCUUUUGAUUAUGUAACUAUGAGUAUUUACAUAUUUAGCCUAUUAGUGAUGUUUAAUGUUGAAGUGCCAUGAAAAAUAUUUCUGAGAAAGCCUUAAAAUCUCAGUAUAUUCUUUACUCUUAAGGUUUUUAGCCUAGAGUGAGAUGUCUUGUUAUUCCUUUGGUCAGCCUUGUUUUACUUGUAAAGAACUGUGCUGACGACGUGGCCGGAGCUGCAUGCGGCAUCACUCCUGUAACACUGCUGAUAGAAGUACGUGGUCGUUCAUGUGCAGCUCGGUCCACUUCCAUAUUCAAAAUGAAUGAAACUGAAGGUUUUAUUUGGGUUACAAUUUGUUCAGUGCUAUAUUUGAUGGCUUAUUAUUUACAACUUAGAUUAUUUGAUUUCUUCAUAUAUAAACCCAUUUGACUAUCUAUUAUGUAUGGAUUAUUACAUUCUGUUGAUUCUUAUUUUGUGGUUGCUGUUAUUCCUUUGAUAACUAUGUAGGUGAAAGUUCUAAAACUGUACUUGGAAACAAUGAAGAGUGCAUAUAUAUAUUUUUUAACUUCAAUCUCUCAGUGAGUUUCUCUUCCUAGAAAAAACUUUGAGUUUACACAAAAAUUGUGGGAUAAAAAAUAAAGGGAAGCACACAGUUUAGAUUUUGCUUGGUUGCAUGAAUUUUAGAGCAGUCAUUUCUAUGUGGAACAUUUUUUUCUUUUAACAUAGGAAAAAAAGGAAUAUCAACAGUAACCUUGUACAAAGUUAAUGUUUAACAAAAACAACCUCAAUGCUAGGAAGAGUUUCAUUUUGCCAAGUUAUGUUAACCAUUUACUCUGUGUACUGUUACAUAUCUUUAAAUGACAAAAGAGACAGAAUCACUUGCAGUGGACAUUGUCACCCAGAUGACUUUAAAAUUAAAGAUUUAAGUAACGUUAUAGUGGUAUGAGGUAUGAUUCAAGGGUACUAGGAAAUCUGCGUAGGAUCCUUAAUGCUUCUCUUUAUUAUAUUAGAUUAGUUUGAAUAUAAGCAAAUCUGUUUUUCAAAAGGAAAAAAAGCUUUAUUGUAUGAGAGCUUGUCUAAUCCUAUUUAUUUUUUCAAUGCUUUCCUGUAACGCAUUAUGUCAUAAGACAAAUACGCCUUUUUGAACAGUUAACAGAAAUGCGCUAUAAAAUAUAGUUUGUCAUUUAGCCAAGCCUAUUUCCAUGUUUAAGCACUGGGACAGGAAACUUGAUCUUUGUGACCACAAAUGGAAGCUUUUGUGCCUUGUCACUUGGUUCUGUAUAUUGACUGUGGUUUUAGAAUCUUCCAUGGCAGACUUCGUAUAUUCAGCUCUUUGGUUUAUUAUCUUAAUCUUCACCUUGAGGCAUAUAUAUGGGUGUUUAUAUGCCCACACAUGGACUGAAAAAUCAGUUAACAUCCUAAGUGACCUGUAGGGUGUAUGUUGGCAAAAAGCAGAGUGGGUAUAUGUCUUAUAAAAUUGGAUUAAUGUUCUGCAUGUUUGGUAAUGUACAGCAUGUAAAUUUUACAUGUAUUAUUUAAAGGUCAUUAAAUGUUCAUGUUUUACUUUG